UUUUUGCAUGACCUUCCGAACUCACCCAAAGUUAACUUCAUUAAGUAUGCUGAUGAUCUGACCGUUUCUGUCCCUGUAGUUUCCACAUCGGAUUGUUCCCAUAUGAAUGGCUUCUUAGCUGAAGUUAAGGAUUGGUCUGGCUCAAAUGGUCUUAAACUAAAUCCAACUAAAUGUAAUACUGUUGAUUUCAGCUUGAGAAGUGAAAAAGACAUGCAUGGAUUGAUCCAAUCUCAUGAUUGUUGUAAUAUUGAUGGUACCAUGAUAGAGAGUAAGUCAAGUGUUUCUUAUCUUGGCAUUAGUUUCUCUUCAAACCUUUGCUGGUCGUCUCAUAUUCUUAUAGUUUCUAAAAAGAUUUUCUGUCUGACUUAUUACAUAAAGAAGUUGAGGCACUCAGGUAUAACCCAAUCUCUUCUCAUACAAUUUAUUAAUUCAUGUGUUUUGCCCAUCAUUCUUUAUUGUUCUCCAUUAUUCUUCCCUGGGCUACUCAAGAAAGACCAUAUAAUACUACGAAGGACAUUGAGGGCUGUAAGUAGGGUCAGUGCUAUCCCUUUGACUCAACUAACCGACACUGUUGUCAAUAGGCACAUGAAUUCUUGUAAACACUUAGCUAAAGUUAUUUUGUCUGAUAGUGAACAUCCUCUUUAUUCACAUUUGUUUCCUUGUAUCUCUUCGGGUAAGACCAGAAGAAAUUUCAUAAACAUUUAUGCUCGUACUACAAAAUAUAAAAAUUCGACCGUACCAUAUUUGGCACGAGUAUUGUGUGAAGAGACGAAUAUCAGAAAAGAACUUUUACAACUUUUAAAUCAUUAACUAAACUAUAAAAUGUAAUGAUGCAUAUUAUUGCAUGUGUGAUUUGUUAUAUUAUUUAUUUAUUAUUUCACUAUGACCUAGAAAUGGUGUGAUUUU